AUGCAUGAGACCAUGUUCAUGAUAUCGCCCCCGCAUGGCAUCUCGCCCAUGCCCGACACUGAGCAUGACGCAUCGCACAGUUCUGGUCUUGCUAGUAGCACCAUUUCGUUCGGGUCCUCAACUUCGCCAGGAUCUGCCGCACCCGGCGCGGGGAUCGGCUCUGUCGGCACAAACGUAUCGCCGUCGACGGGUCAGAGCCUCAAAUGGUUCACGCACCCUUCGACCUGGACAAUUGGGUACCACUACCAGCCGCCCGAGGGCCUCCCCUCGCCGCAGGCCUUCUCCGACUUCAUCCGCGGCCUGCAGUGCUGGGUGCGGCGCUUCCAACGGGAAGGCCACUCCCCGCUGAUCCACCGCCAGCUGUACCCGCCCAGGGCCAUCCCGGACUGCAUCCAGGACGCCUACGCCGCCAUCGCUGUCUCGGAGGGCGUCUGUCCCGAGAAUGAGAACCUGGUGGACAGCAUCGCCAACGCCUUGGUCAUGCGGCUGAUAUCUUCCUAUCCCCAAAUGCCGGCCCACGGGCUCUCGAUUGUCACCACCGUCGAUCACCUCGCCCGCACCCAGGCUCUCCUUGUCCACAUCAUUCUCGCCUUGUUCUCGUCCUCCAUAUCGCGCCAGGCCAAGGCGGAGAGCCUCAUCGAGACUCUCCACCGUUGGAAACUCGCCUUGUGGGAGUCCGCCAGCCAGGAAGCGAGCCUUGUGGACAUGUUUCCCUCCGUGCAAGCCGAUCCUCUGGGAAGCGGAGAACCAGCAGGCGAAUCGGUCCCGGAGCUGCAUCAUGCCUUCAUCAUGUGCGAGUCGAUCCGACGCACCUGGCUCGUGUCUGCAAUGACGAUAGGGGUCUACCGCAGCCUCAGGGGAGACUGGAGCUCCGCAUGCGCAGGGGAUGUUCUGUUCACGAGCCGCGCGGGGUUGUGGGACGCGUUCACAUCGGCACGCUGGGCAGCGAUAGCUGGCGGAGAGGACCCCCUCUUUGACUAUAGUCUUGCGAGCCGUCAGUUGGCGAAGCGCGAUCUGUCAGUUGCGGAGGUCGACGAGUUCGCUCUUCAUCUGUACUCGCUGAUGUGGGGGGCUGAUACGGUGGAAUCUUGGUUUGUGCGGACUUGA